AUGUGUGAAAAUGAGGAAUGUAGUAAAAAUAUUAAAAUCAAUUUUCUUCUAAUAGUUUAUGGCAGUGCUGGUGGAACAGGAACUCUAGGUGUUGGAGGAGUGGGUGGAGCUGGUCCAGCUGGAGUGGGUGGAGCUGGACUUCUGCCUGAAGGUGGUGGUCUGCUACCAGGAGGUAUAGGCACAGGAGUUGGAGCAGGCACAGGUUUUGGAGCACAGAAACCAGGCAAAAGUUAUGGUGGAGCUGGAAGUUUAGGAGCUGGUGGGAUCCUGCCAGGGACUGGUCUCAGAUUCCCAAGUGGGGCUGCAGUGGGCAGCAAACAAGGAAAAGUUUAUGGGGCCGCUGGCACACUUGGUGGGCUUGGAGGCCCAGGCAGAUAUGGAGCAGGACCUGGUGGCUAUGGGGGUGGACCAGGUGGAUACGGUGGAGGCGCAGGUGGAUACAGUGGAGGCCCUGGUGGAUACGGUGGAGGCCCAGGUGGUGCUGGUGGACUUGGAGGGACCGGAUUUGGUGGGCUUGGUUAUGGUCCUGACACAAUAAAGCCACCUAAAAGCUAUGGAGGAGCUGGAACACUGGGUGGGGCUGGAAGAGGAAGUAUUGGUGGAGGUUUAGGAGUAGGACCAGGAAGUACUGGUGGAGGUCCUGGAGGCAUUGGUGGUGGUCUGGGAGUUGGAACAGGAGUUGUUGGGGGAGGUCCUGGAGGAGUUGGAGGACUGGGUGGACAAGGUGCAGGGUAUGGAGGUGUAGGUCAAGCUGGAGGUGUAGGAAGUCUUGGAGGAGUCGGUGGGGGUCCAGGAGGUCUAGGAGGAGGUCCUGGAAGCCCAGUAGGAACGGGUGGAGGUCUCAGGUACCCAGGGGGAGCAGGAACAGGGAAACCUGGUAAAUCAGGUUUUGGCACAGGUGCCUUGGGUGGUCAAGGUUAUCAGCCAGGUGGUGUAGUGCCAGGAUAUGGAACCGGUGUAGGUCCUGGCGGUGGAUAUCAACAACCAUAUCCAGGUUAUGGAGGCACUGGUGUGGGGGGACCUGGAACCGCACCACUUACACCUCAGCAAUCAAAAGCAGCCAAAUAUGCAGCUCUUCAAGGCUUUCUAGGUGCAGGAGGCUACAGAGGGGGCGCAGGAUGUCAAGGCAAAUACUGCGGAAGGAGAAGGAAGUGAGACACCAGCGGGAGAUGUGACCUCAUAAACAAGUGGUGCUACUGCCUGAUCUCAAAUGCACUUUUUUUUACAGUUGAUUAAAAAAGUGCCUUAUGUAAUAUGUGAGAGAGAUUUGGAAUAUUAAGAAUUUUUAUCAGCUGUAUGAUUAGGUGUGACCUAAACAAGUGUGAUGUGAACCUCACAGGGCACUCUUUGCACUGCCUAAGCUCCCUUUACUUAAUAAUAAUGUCACAAUACAUUUCCUUUACAAAUCUAACAAUCGAUAGUGUAUAAUUAUGGAUGAGUCAGUUGCUCACACUCAUUUCAGUAGCUAUAUAUUCAGACAUACAGCUCUGGAAAAAUUUAACAGACCACUCCAAAUGUUUCUUAAAUCAGCAUCUCUACAUUUAUGGCAGCCAUUCCAUUCCAGUGUCUGUUGAAUUCCUGCUUGAAUUUUUGAGCCAGGCGUGGCAUAAAAUCACCCAACAGCAAUGUGAAAGACUUGUGGAAAGCGUGCAAAGACGCAUGAAAGCUGUGAUUGAAAAUCAGGGUUAUUCCACAAAAUAUUGAUUUCUGAACUUUUCCUAAGUUUAAACAUUAGUAUUGUGCUGUUUAAAACUUAAUAUGCACUUUUUUUCUUUGCAUUAUUCGAGGUCUGAAAACACGGCAUCUUUUUUGUUAUUUUGACCAGUUGUCAUUUUCUGCAAAUAAAUGCUCUAAAUGACAAUAUUUUUAUUUGGAAUUUGGGAGAACUGUUGUCAGUACUUUAUAGAAUAAAACAAAAAUGUUCAUUUUACUCAAACACAUACCUAUAUAUAGUAAAUCCAGAGAAACUGAACAUUUGGAGUGGUCUCUUAAUUUUUUCCAGAGCUGUAUGUCAUAUAGGGACGUGUCGCUGCUAUUUCAGGAUAAACUGUGUCAGUGGAGGAAGCAGUGUCAUUAAGCUAUAUUUUCUGGCCACCUUUUCAAACACUAUGCACUUCUCUUUGCUAUUGUAAAGUUAAGGGGGCCUCGUCUCUUUAUAACUGUUGGCGUAUGAGUGCAUGAAUCCACAUUUCGAUUUUUAGACUUCAGACAGUGAAAAAAGUCACAAAGAAAUGGGAUCUAGGAAUGCAAAAUCUUAGUCUUUUUGUAAUUCCUACAUGUGACAGUACCUGCCAAGACUGAGGAUUUCAAGAUUUCUUCAAAGAUACCUCAGAAACAUAAGGCUUCUUAUCUAGUAUCCUGACCCUAGUAAAACCUUGUUUUUUUAUGUUUUAAAUUAUGUUAAUGUUGUUUUGUAAGGAUAGCUAUGCAUUUGACCUAAUUAGUUUUGGGGUUUGUAAGCAAUUUUUGUUGUGAAUGAUGUAUCUGUGUUUCUAUAAGUGCUAUAACUAUAAAUUCAAAUGUGACCUGAACGUCCGAUAAUGGCAAUGCAUUUAGUGAGUCUUUUUGCAUUGUUUACCUUGAUCUUCACUUUUGUGCACUUGUUACUUUGAAUUUUGUGAAAUUUCAUCCAGUUCACAUUUUUUGUAUGACCUUUGAUUUUAAUUGUGCCUUUUAUCCAUCAUAC